GUAUUUUGUUUUAGCGAGAACAAAUUCAGAUCCAAAAACUCCAGCUAAUAAAGCUUUUACAGGUUUUAUUGUGGAACGUAAUAGUGAUGGCUUAACUCCCGGUCGUAAGGAAAUUAAUAUGGGACAAAGAGCAAGUGACACGCGAAUGAUAACAUUUGAAGAUGUUCGCGUUCCCGAAGAAAAUGUAUUGCUUGGAGAAGGAGAAGGUUUUAAGAUAGCUAUGAAAACUUUUACUAGAACUCGAUCACCGGUAGCGGCAGCAGCUACUGGUUUAGCUCAGAGAGCUCUAGACGAAGCAACAAAAUAUGCAAUGGAACGCAAAACAUUUGGUAAACCAAUAGCGGAACAUCAAAUAAUAGCUUUCAUGCUAGCGGAUAUGGCUAUUGGUGUUGAGACUUCUAGAAUGACAUGGAUGAAGGCAGCCUGGGCUGCUGAUAAAAAUUUACCGAAUGCUACAAUGCUCGCUAGUAUUGCAAAAUGUUAUUGCAGUGAUGUAGCUAAUAAAUGUGCUACAGACGCUGUACAGGUUUUCGGUGGUGCAGGUUUCAAUUCUGAGUAUCCAGUAGAAAAGCUUAUGCGCGAUGCCAAAAUUUAUCAGAUAUACGAAGGUACUGCGCAGAUUCAAAGACUGAUUAUAUCGCGUGCUCUUUUCGACGAAGCUAAACAAACAAGUAACUGAACAACUAAGUAACAACUUGAUUUAAAUUGCAUCAUAAAAUUUAUUUUUAUAUUUAUUAUAUAUGUAGUAUUUUUAUAAACUACAAGAUAAUUGGGAAGUAAUUCAUACGAAUUCAUACGCGUUAUUCGUACGAAACAUCGUUAUCGUUACAAUUAUUUUUUCAAAUAACGAGAGUUACCUCUCUCUUGACUCUUCUCACU